AUGUUUUCCAAAUUUCUCCCUUCUAGCAUCGCAAUCUGUGGCUUGCUCAUCCAAUUUCUCACUCGAUCUGCUGUCAUCGCUGCCCAAACACUAAACGAGCCCGGGGUAGACAUAACGGACGAUCAGCUAAAUGCUACAUAUACCCAUCUCACCGGAUUCGAGGGCUGUGCGUCAUGGCAGAUCCGAGCGAUCGUACAGGCUUUCUGGGAUGCUGCAGCAGUUCUGAAUCGGAACGAGAUUAAAGGAGCUAUUGAUUGGAAUUCGGCAGCUGCGACAGAAUUUCUCGGGGCACCCUUCAGUCAGCCCCUAUACAACACAAUACAAGGCCUCUAUACUCAUGCGGCUACCUUUGAACCCUCUGUCAUUUCAUGGCCAACAGAUUUCCUAAUCAACACUCGAUGCGACGAUCCCAGAGCGCGCUGCCCGUGUAAUAUUCCAACAGAUACCUUUGCCUACACCAGCAAUAGCGGCGGAUCCAACAACAAUGGCCCAAUGAUCAACUUCUGUCCCAGAUUUUUUCUGCAAUCCUCUCUAAGUAACGCCAAAGCAGCGAUGCAUAAUAGUCCACCAGAGACCAAGUUCAACCUAGCUUUGUGGAGUAACCAAGCUGAGACAUUUCUGCACGAGAUAUUUCAUAUUCGCCCUGUCGCAAGUUCACCGCCGAAUGCCCAAGUCCGUGAUCUAUGGAUCUUCCUUGAGGGCGAGCAGACAUGGGAGCCAGCCUACGGUGCUUAUUAUGCCAAGAUAUUGUCACGAGUAAGAGACAAUGCUGGGAUUUGGGUCUUACAAAAUGCAGAGAAUCUUAUGUACUUUGCAAUGUCCAGUUACUAUGCGUCUCUUGAAGGGUAUCCGUCCCGGCCCUUCGCCGUGGACAGACCAGUCGGGAAUCCCCAAGCCAGAUCUUAUUCAACAUUCUACUUCGAGAACAACACAUUACAUAUUCAAAAUCGGUCGGACUUCAGUGCUUCAGCAUAUACGAUUCCACCAGCAUCUUCAACCUGUGGACUGGAUACGGAUGAAAGUUCAGCAACAAUAACGUUUGUGGAAACAUCCGCCACAUUCGCGGCAGACGCGGACUAUCCAGCAACUUACCAAUCAUCAUUGAACUCCUGGAGGUCAACCUGCCUGCCAACCGGGCUGACGAGCCCUCCUCAAGCCUCAGCAUCUGCAGCCGUUGAGGCCUUCUGCCAGGAUUCAAGAAUUGCCGGUAAAGUGCUCUCGAACGAAACGCCGUAUGUUGAUCUACCGUACGCAGCAGAGGGAGUCAAGGGUCUGCUCCAGUUGAUGGUGAGUUGGGGCGCCCAAAACUGUGGCGGGUGGGCCACGCUCGACACAUCAACGUGCAAGUCUAUGUUGACCAACGUGCUCGAGACUUGUAAAGGCGCCCCGGGCAACGUCACCACCAACUGCGUUGUAUACAGCUACCAUAUUACGGAGUCCGAAAAACCAGAUCCGUCGAUACCGGAAGAGUAUAUUGAUCGAGGCGAAUUCUCCUGUAUUGAUACUGACACUAGCGAUAUCGGCGGCGCCAGCUCAUCACUAGCUGGAACAUGCACGUGUUCGUGGUCAAGUAAUCCGUCCAACUUUGAGAGCUACGACAAGCCGAGCGGUGUCGCUAAGUGCUCGGACAUCACUGACGUUCCAAAUGGCGGUCAGAUUGGUCAACCUCAGAAGAGAUCCUUAGGGAGACUGUGGGCUGGUUGA